GGUAAUGACAUUGAUUCCUAUCGCAUGGUUUAUAGGGCGGUGGAAUGCAUGGCAAUGCCAUCUUGUCAAAAUACGACGUGGAUUUUAGAGUGCUGAAACAUAGUAAAAAGGCUUUUGAUUGGGAAAAACAUGGAUCAUGGUUGAAGGAACCAAGAAAAGGAGAACGAUACACAUUAGUAGGAACAAUAAAAGCACCCAAAUUGCCACCUAUUCUAUGUUACUGUGUGCAUUUAGAGGUCUUUACAGGCAUCAUUGACCGGAUCAACAACUUUGCCGAUGUGUUUGAAGAUGCUGCUGUACGGAUAGAGGAGUAUCCUCACCAGAUUAUCAGCGGGGAUUUGAAUACAAUGGCCCAUUCUAUUGCUCGUCUAUCACGAACCUAUGCACGCGACCGCUACCGAUGGAUGUCGUUGGGGGAUACAGAGAGUAAUUGGUUUGACCGGCAUGUGAUGGCCGUGUUCCGCAACGACCAAGACGAACAAUACGCGUACAACCUAAGAUUAGCAGCUGGCGGAUUUCCUUUCUCGAUGCUUCCUGUUCGUAUCAUUAAACAUUUACCCCUAGGGCUGCUGACGUUCGUGAGCGGAUUCGAAAAAGAGACACUGAAGAAGGCCCGCAAUCCAGGAUUCUACGAUCCGUGGGAUCCUGACGAGAUCACGUUGCAUAAUCCUCGCUAUUUCGGCUUAUUCAAAGCGAAAUUAGACUGGACCAUGGUACGGUGUAUGGAAGUGAAGCAGAAAUGGAUAGGCAACAGAGAUUACAGUGCGAGCGAUCACGCCUAUUUGAUGGUGAAAGUGACACCGGACUCGAGCGACAAAAUGGAAAAUCUAAAAGAGACAUGGAAGGUGCGACGUCAGCAAUGGCAGUUGAACAAAUCAGCACCGAAGAGAAGAGCAACGAUUGGCUUGACAAUACUUGGUUUAGCCAUUGCAUUCAUUGUACAGUUUUACUUUUAUUUAACACAAAACCGCAUGUUAUUCUAACAAUAAAAAAAGUAACCCUUUCCCGCCGGGCCCCUUUCUUUGAUUCAAAACAAGGAUGCUGUC